CCUCGCUGCUUUCUCUGGAGUGAAGACGCUUACUUUCACUCGUUGCAAUAUUUUGGGACCAGCCCAACCGCAUCGAAUGCCCCAAGUCAGGAGCGACAACUUACAGACGCUUUGUCUGUCCGAGUGCAGCGCGAUCGGUCCGCUGUUGGAGCCUUGCUCCUUACUCCCUAAAGGAUCCUUCCCCGCUCUGCAGAAUGUCCAACUCGGCAUUAUCACCUCGGGUGACGCGGACGCGCUGCGCGAGUUCAUUGGCUCCGUCGCUGACCAGUUGACCACUUUGUCACUGCAGUUCGAUUACAGCAAUCUGGACGACGCCUUGACAGGUGGGAACCUAAGCCUGGGGCUGCGCAGCUGCUCGCGCCUGCGCACCGUGCGGCUCAUCAUUGACUUGUCUCGGAUGCAGUCAGUUGGUGACAUCUUGGACAUGUGGAUUACGGUGUCCCGCCUCACGCAGCGACUGGCCACUUCUGCUGGUACCGCCCCCCCUCUCGAGCACCUAGUGCUCAUGUACGGAGCCGAUGGCGCGGCUGCGACCCAGACUGGGUUAGACCUAAGGACGCAGCGCGCGAUUAUGAGGCUCAUCGAUAUAGCGAUCAUGAGUGAACCGAACAGAGUGAAGAAAGUCAUCUUGAAGCCCCUCCCAUGGCGAGGGGACACGUUCGAUCCGGCCCAUUGUGCGGAUCUGCAGCGGUGUUUCCCACGUUGGUCAGUAGAGGCAUGCUUGCGUUUGUGGAGACGACCUAAGCGACGCAUGCGCGUACUGAAAAUUAACUUGAGCAAGCGAGAAGACGCGAGCUCCAAUCUUGUGCCGUGCGUGUUGGGGCGCCUAUACACAUACUAGUAGCUGCGUCGCGCUUGAUGUCA